UUACUGAAAGCACACACUGUCUGACCACAAAGAGACAAGAUACAGACUCUUCUGCUUUACGCUAAUCCUAAACUCAUCUAAAACUGGAUAAACAGCUGGAGCAAUGAGAAACAUCUCCUGAGUCUUCAGUCCAUAGAUCAGGAUGGGAGGCGUGAGUGUGGCGGGUCGGCUGGUGUCGGUGGCUGUCACUCUGCUGGUCGGUGUCGGGGGGGAGUACUGCCACGGCUGGCUGGACUCCAGGGCUCAGUGGCGUGACGGGUUUCACUGUCCGGAGAGGACGGAUGGCAGGGAGGCGGUUCUGUGCUGUGGACACUGUGAUCUGAGGUACUGCUGCGGGGACAGCCGGGCCAGACUGGACCAGGGGGACUGCACUGACACCAGCCGCGGACAGCAGACACCCGGCACUGACCAGACCACAGAUUUACCGGUAUACGCCCCCUUCCUGAUAGUGGUGUGUGUGUUCCUGGUCUUUGUCCUGCUGGGCUCAGUGGUGGCUACCUGUUUUUGCCUGAGCCAGAAGCCCCUCCCCCCUGCACGCUCCAGCCAAUCCCCAGUCCCUCAGGACCCCGUGCACCCACCCUCCGAGUCCCCCGAGACCCAGCCAAUGACAGCCAGCACUGGAACCUCCUGCGGGUCAUCGUCCUCGCUCUGCCCACUCAAGAGCCCCUCCCAACACCAGCAAGCCCUGCCCCCUCGCUUCCCCCAGACACCAAACCCCGCCUUCCACCGGACCAUGACCCUGCCCACAAUGCUCCACCCCCUCAUGUUCCCCACCACCAUGCUGAACUCCUAUAUGAUGCCCGUGCCGGGUCCCAGACCCUACCGCUCGGUGCCCUCCCCGUGCCCGCCCAACGCUGGCACCGCCCUCGGCACUGUCACCGGCACCGGCACUGUCACCGGCACCAUGCAGAGGAGCAGCGAGAUCAUACUCUAAUGCACCUGAACACAGCUUCAGGGGUUUGAUUUUACCUGGAGUUUGUGGUUUCUGCCCAAUCAGUUUUGGAGGCGGAGCCAUUAGAGCUGGAGUGGGUGGAGUUAAGAUUUUAUAUUAGCCACAGCUAUUGCUAAUGAUGCUAAACACAUGUUAGAAUGAAUAUAUAUUACAGGACAAGACAGUAAAUGAAUGUAAAUAUAAACAUUAUGAGAUAAGACAGAAAAGAAAAUGGAACUGUAAAAUACAGGACAGGACAAUAAAGAAGAAAAAAAAAUACAGGACAGGAAAGAAAUGGAAAAGGUUAUGGGAAAAGGGAGUAAAAAUUAAAAAGGUACAAGGUAAGACAAAAGAACAAGAAAGUGAAAUAAAGUAAAAAAAAUUAACAGUUUAACAUUUUUUCUUAACAAAUGUUAACAAUUUAAAAAAGAAUGCACAAUAAAAUUUUACAGGACAAGACAGUAAAGAAUUAAAAAGGAAAUGAAGCCAGGUAGUAAAGAAUUGAAAAAAGUAAUGAGACUGGACAGUUAUCAACUGAAAAGGAGACAGGACUGUAAAAAAAAUUAAAAAGAUAAUGUGACAAGAUAGUAAAACAAUGGAAGGGCAAUGGGACAGGACAGCGAACAAUUCAAGAAGGUAAUAGGAUAGAAUUGUAAAGAAUUGAAAAGGUAAUGGGGCAGGACAGUAAAACAUUUAAAAUGUAACAAUAAAUGAUAGUAAAUAAUUUAAAAAGGGUAAUGUGACAGGACAAAAAAGAAUUGCAAAAUAAUAAGACGGGAUAGUAAAGCAUUGACAAGGUAAUGGGACAAGACAGUAAAAAAAUGAAAAUGUAACAGGACAUGACAGUAAAGAAUUGAAAAGAAUAAUGUGACAUGAUAGUAAAGAAUUCCACAGCCUUAGUGUGUUUGUAACGUGAGCAGCAUGUGUCACAUAUGUUGCUCUAAGGCAAGGUAUUUGUAUAUAAGAUAUUUCUAUAUGUAUUUUUGUAUUUGUGGUUUAUAUUCUUAAUUUACCGAAGCAUAAUCUUAAAUAUUUUAAUAGAGGUACAGUAUAUGUUUAAAAAGUGGGGUCUUAAUUUUACACAACAUGCACAUUUAUUGCUUUAUUUUUUAUUGAGAACAUUAAAGGGUUAAAAUAUUUAUGUGCUGUGUUAUAACAUCUGUAUUAAACAUGUAUUUGAUUAUAUAUGUGUUUUAUAACUGUGUCAGUAAGUACAGUACACUCGCGUCGUCCUCUCGCGCUGUAUCCAGUGACCUUCAGAGCUCUGAUGUGGAAUAUUGAUAAUAUUGAUCAUAUUUGUGUGCUGUAGGGGGUUAUAUGGGUGAGCUGAGUGGUGAGGGAAUUAAAUGUGGUUGAAUUGGA